GGGGGGACAGCGAGAGGGCUGGCCCUACCGCUCCAGGCGCCUCCCCUCGGCGGAGCGAUCCUAGCAAGGGGGCAGGCGGGCCGAGCUCGCAGGGAGACACAGGCAGGCUCGGCCUUACGUCCGGUUGGCCUAGUCGCGCGCGCCGUUGUUCAUAGCCCAAAGCCGGCCUGGUCCCUCAUAGCGGCGUGGCUCGCUCGUCGUCGACAUACGUAUGCAAGUUCCGCGACGGAGGGACUAUAGUGCUACUACUACUACUGCAGCUACUUUUUGACUACUGCCACCACUACAUUCAGGGGGGUGCUUGCUUCGGAACACACCGACAAGACCUGAGCUUCACGCGGAAAGUCCCCAUUGACGGCGCUGUUGCUGUUGUUGUUGUCGUCGUCGUCGCUGCUGCUGCUGCUGCCGUCGUGUAUGUGUAUGUGUGUGUGCGUGCGUAUGUGUGUGAGUGUACAAGGAGAGAAAAAAAAGCAAGACCGCCCUAAAGAGCUUGCAACGAAGGCGUUCAGUGCACGGACACACGGCCAGCCUUGACGACAAAAGUCUACGGGAGGAUUCCGAGAGCAAGCUUGUCUCUGGGGUCGCCCCAUCCCCCUCCCCUUCCCUCGCCGCGCGCGUGGAUUUACGCCACUUCAGUCAGCGAGAAGGUCCCGCAGGUCGACCGACGGUUUUGUGUGCAGCGUUUUGUGGCCUGGCAGGACCUGUUGCCUCGGUGUGUCAGCCCUAGCGGUUGUCCUCAGAUCGAAACCAAGCGGAAGGUGUUGGGAGUUCCAGUUCCUGACGGUGCACACCUGGGACUCCUCCGAAGUCUGCACACAGUCAAUGCGCUAAGAGGAACAAAGUGAGGAUCUUUGUGGCUUUCUGUCUCUCUUUCCUUCGAAGGUUUUUACUUUUUUCAAAUUUAGGAGAGAACCGUUAGCAGUUUGCAUAACUUCUUUACACUGCAAGAGCGACAGAUUCCUCAAUAAGAAUUUUGUUUUUAAUCAUCCAACCGUCACUGCUUUCAUCAGCGAAUUACUAUCGAGGCUGGUUGUUUAAUGUUCACACUGUGGAGCGUCAGCAACUUGGAGUGGCGACAGUGACCACCUGGCCGACAUACAACAACAAGGAGAGAAGAAGCGAGCGCUUCGCCGCGGACUGUUGCCGCUGACACAGUAACAGGUGAAAGGUCGAAGUGGAAAUAGCGCUGUGCGAGGUGGGAGUGGAGCUUUUCCUCUCGCUCGGUAGGUUCGUGGGAUUUUUGUCUUCCCCUUUUUGCAAGCUUCCACCAGGCAUUAUAUUCCAAACACCUUUACUUGAAAGACAGCGUGCGAUCACUCCGCAAUAGGACCAUGAGACAUGCACAUAGUUUUGGACUCUAGGUGACAACAGUGCUUUUCCUUGCACCUGUACAUAUACACCACAACCCCCUUCCUACUCUUUCUGGGUCACGAAGUACUUCAGUGUAAACCCUCGAUUUCAGGCGAAGCAACUCUCGCACGAUGUUGACUGGCCCACCAGAGAAACCAGCGUUCUCCGUCUGAUAAUUCUUCAUCGAGGAAGUGAGCAAGAAGAACACUAGAGUUCCAUCUGUCCACCCGCCCAACCCUCCACAAAGAUCUGAGCGACUACUACAAACAGUGUGUGGUGCAGUGUGUGAUUUGCGUGUUUAGUACAACAAUAUCGUGAAUCAAGAAAAAAGAGAGAGAGACAGUGCUGGUGCCACGACUGUCUGUGGCCGCAGACAACCCUAGAUGGACUCGCUGAAUGACCAUCUGUGUCUGGAAGAACUGGUAGCCGGUUGUGGCCCGGACAGCAGCGGCGCGCGAGCACACGUCAUGACCAUGCACCACCUGGCCGACUCCACCCCUCCCGCCUCCAGCUCCGUCGUCGGGGAUAGCGGUGCCCUCCCCUCCUCCCAUCAUCACAGUCACGGUGCCCCUUCCGGCAGCUCCGUGUCUGGCCAUUCCAGCCACGUCAGCCAUUCUAGCCAUGCCAGCCACUCCAGCCAUUCUAGCCACACCAGCCACUCCAGUCAGCAGAGGGGCUCCCUUUCAUCCACUGGAUCCUCUGCGGACCCGCCAGCCGACCGGUCGACAGAAGGCAGUGAAGGUGCAAAAGGAAAAGCGGAUGAGAAUAGCAGCGAUGGAAAUGGCGAAAAGAAAAAAAGACAGCGACGACAGCGGACACAUUUCACCAGCCAACAACUACAAGAACUCGAAGCCACAUUUGCCCGCAACCGCUACCCGGAUAUGGCUACCCGUGAAGAAAUAUCGGCUUGGACUAAUCUGACUGAAGCUAGAGUUCGGGUCUGGUUCAAGAACAGGAGGGCGAAGUGGCGAAAGCGCGAGCGCAACAUGGAGACCUUCAAGACGGGGUUCGGCACACAGUUCAACGGCCUGAUGCAGCCUCCAUUCGACUACGGGCUGGACACGGGGUAUGCCUACCAGAACUGGGCCUCCAAGGUCCCCUCACCUCUCAGCUCCAAGACCUUCCCAUGGGGGCUGAACAUGAACAUGAACGGCACCGUCAACCCGCACCUCUCCUCCGUCGUGUCCACGCAGCCGGGCCUGGGCUUCUCGUCCUCCCCUGGUCCCAUCAGCAGCAUCAACUCCGCCUCCAUGAUGGCGGCGGCCGGCUCGGUGGGCACGGUGCCAGGCAACAUGGGGUCGGCCGCGGCCCCCUGCCCUUACGCUCCUCCCGCUCCCCCCUACAUCUACAACAGAGACCAGUGUUCCAACAGCAUCGCGGCCCUGCGGCUCAAAGCCAAGCACCACACCAGCUCUUUUGGGUAUCCCACAAUGCCUCCGCGCCAGCCAACCUUGUCCGCCUGUCAGUACGCGACCGUUGGCAACGGUGGCGGAGUCUGAAGAUUGGCGGUCGCUGAGGGCCAGAUGCGACCUGGGACUUUGGACUGCCAUUUUUUUUUUUUUUUUAGUUGUUUGUUUGUUUGUUUCUGCGGCUAUCUUUGACGAGGUGCCAUUAAAUCCAACUGAUGCUCUCGCAAACUGCCAGGGAACGAGGAUGCAUUGCUAGCCUUACUGUCGGACACCUGGUGUCUUUAUUUUUAAGGGAGCAAAAUACAUUUAGAACGGAUACGUGCCCUAAACAACUCUGAGGUAAGCCAGCUGCAGAACAUCAGCAAGGUUGUGUUAAGAUUUCCUCCGGAAUACAACCUAUCCUUGCACAGGUGUUCGCUACGUGCUGUCUCGGCGUGACGACGUGAAAAAGACGUUGUCCUUUCGGUGGUUAAGAAACUGGCGUUGCCUUGACGACUGCGACAUAGACUCUUGUUUUCUCGACAUCACGUCCAGGGGACUUCUUCGAGGUUGCCAUGGCAACAAGUGAAGCGGGAUGACCACGGACUAUCACCAUAGCGGCAGAGACAAAACUGUUAAACGCAUUGGUGGCUGGUAUUCCAGUAAACUUUCCUUGUCAAAUGUCGGAAUGUUGUGAUCUUUAAACACUAUAACCGAGGAGAACUUUAAAAAACAAAAUUCACCAUUUAGAUGGCAUGUUGAACUGUUUGGUUGGCAUAAUGAGCAUCGAGAUGCUGUCAGGUCGAGUAAGAUGACUUCCUACGACGAGAAGACAUCGCUGCUGGUCGCGACUGUGUUAGUGUAUUUACAAUCAUUGCUUGGACACCUUGAUUGAAGCUUGAUUGCGAGAAAUGACGGAGUGCGGCUGCGCAUUCAUGUGUUGACAAUGAAUGGUAGAGAACACAGCCCUUUGUCUUCACUCUCACACUUUCAGAAAAGGGAGGGGAGGGGAGUCUGUAAGGAAAACAAUUUGUGCUACUUUUCGACUGUGUAAACUCAAAUGAUUGCAUUUGCUCGCCAGCACGCACGCACGUUCACGAGCACACCAACAUGCAAACAGAAGUGCAUGAGGCGAAGUCGCAGUAUUGGUCAGCCGUUUGAGAAAUUCGUUUUCGCGCCAAUGGACCACUCGGUCCCUAUGUGGAUGUGUUUGACUAGGAUUUCAAUGAAAAGGUCCCUUGAAUGUCUUGUGCGAUGUACAGGUCUCGUGUCCUUCUUCAUCAAAUUUUCUCUUCUUUAUUUUUUUCAGAAUCACACACAACACACUAUAUAUAUAUAUACAAACCUUCAUACAGACUGCACUCACCAAACAGUUUUAAAUCAAACUCUUUUCUCUUUUUUCCCCCUUGAUAGGUGCCAAAGGAAAUUAAACAAAAAUCCACUUUUUGAUAUCCCUAUGUAUAAUUUUUUACAACGUUUCUUGAACUGAAGGAAGUUAGCGAUUGCUAAUGUUCGACAGAGAAGGGGGACAAUUAUCAACUCCUCGUUUGUUCGUUGUUAACAAAGCUGAUUAUUUUCUCUCUUUCUUGCCAUAAGUUCAGAGAAAUUUUGUAUUUAAAGUUUCUGACACAGUCAUGCCUUCAUCCUAGCUUUCUUUACUACUGGAAUGCUUUUCUUUAAAAAAAAAUAAACUAAACUGAGGGCAUGAUUCAGAGCAAAAUACUGUUCGAAAUGUUAUUUUUUAAUUCGUGUUCGCAUUAGUUAAAGCACAAAGAACCCUCACUGGGAGUUUUUGUUUACCUGUUAACAACGAUUUUUGUCAUUAGACGACUUGCUACAUUAAACGGAGAAAGACAGUUUUCCUUUUUGAGUGGUAAGGAACUCUCGUUUGCAGAGGGCGCUGUAGGUGUCCCCGUGCACAGACUUAUAACCGAGCGACGGUCAGUCAGUGAAUGAAAUAGUUGAUAUUUAGCUAGUUAUCAUUUUCACUGGCAGUUGUCAGUGACUUCUAUAUAUAUACAUGACCAUGUUCCCUAUAUGAAGUGAUUCAGAUGUUGGCUUUGAAAUUGAUUAAUAUUUUAUUAUUGUUGAUUCCUAAUUAGUGCGAAUGACUUGACCGGUUGUAUUCGAGUACGCAUGUCCGCCUGCGGGCUUGAGUGGUAGUGAGUGAAAGAGAUUGUCUAUAUGUAUGUUUGUCUGUCUGUGUCUCUCUGUUCGUUUUGUUUCUGCCUGUACAUAGUGUCACGUGCAUGUCAUGCGUGCGCGCUGGUACAUAAGAGGUCAUUUCACGUCACUUCCGGUAAUAAUUUGAGGAACCAGUAUUUUCUGGAUUGAAGCCAUGAUUUACCUACCUUCUAGGAGUCCUAGGUGACCGCAGUCCGGUGCUGUAGCACGGUGUGGUAGGGACUACUAGAGGAACCCUGGUUGCUGUGGAAACUGUAGUCCCCGGCAUGCCUAGCGAGGGCCGUGUUUCCUCCUCCCAUUCGGGAGGACUACUGUGUAGUGUCGCUUCUGUUUUGUGGUGAGACGCCCCAGUGUGUGUGGAGCACUCUGGCCUCCCUGCUGGCUUUGUGCAACAUCCUAACAAACUUUCUAUGUUGCCAGUAUGUCAGACCUGUCUAAUUAAUGUCCCUGCUUUUUCGGUGUGAGUGUGUACCCAUUUUCUUGUUUACUAACACCAAGCGUCCCUGUUACCGAUAGCUGCUUGUAAAAAAAACAAAAACAAAAAAAACAAAAAACCACAGAAAAUGGAAGGCAUAAAGCUGUGGCGAUACUUGCAUUCAUAAAACAAACAUCACAGUUGCAUUUUGUCUUGCCUGUAUUUUAUUUCAUAAUUGAUAUCAUGAUUGAUAUUGUACAAUAUGUAAAUGUAUGUCUUCAAUAAACAACUACCAGACAGU